AUGACAAAAUCACAAAGUCAGACAAUUAAUGUUCAACCACGUGAUUUAAGUUAUCUUUUUGCAUUUCCUUAUAAUUGGCGUCGAUCAUUGUUCAAUUCAUUUAAAGAAUGUCCGCGAUCGGCUUUUGCUUAUUUCUGUACUCCAUGCUAUACAGCUAAAUUAAUCGAUCGUACAGGUGAACGUUUUUGUAUCGGCAUAUGUAAUCCAUUUGCAUUGAUGGCAUUACGUACAAAAGUUCGAACCGCUUUUCGUAUUCGAGGUAAUGUAACCCAAGACUGUCUCCUGUCAUGUUGCUGUGGUGGCUGUGUUGCAACACAAAUAGAUGAUGAACUUAAUUUUCAUGAAAUUCCUGAUCAAAUUGAGACACGAAACAUAAUUGUAAGGAGCUAUACAUAA